AUGCAAGGCCGUGCAGCUUCAGCUCUCUCGAAAAGAUCACGCACGCUCUUUUCACUGGCGCCGAUAUACUUGUUAAGGAUCUCAGGGCCCUUCACACUGAUAAAAUUGAGGCCGCAUUCUCCUGCAACAGCGCUGGCAAGAAGCGUUUUACCACAUCCAGGGAACCCAUACAGUAAAAGUCCAGAACGGAGUCGGAGCGGACAUUGGGAGAAAAUCGGGGCAUAUUUUGUGGGGUAUUGUAGGGUCUCAAGUAGGGUGUUUCUUGUGCUAUGCAAGCCACCGAUUGCUGAGAAAGUGGUCGAAGAGGAUGUAAGGGUAACGUUUCUAAGAGACGCAGGAGUGAAUCCCUUUAAUGCUCGGUCAAAGUCCCCUGUACCUAGAGUGAUAACGCUUGAAGAGGAUGUAGUAUCUUGA